AUGCCUGUCCUCGCUGAAUACAACUACGUUUUCGCCAUCGGCACCUUCUUUGCCCUGCUCGACGUCUACAACAAUGGCGCUAACGAUGUGGCCAACUCUUGGGCCACCAGUGUCUCUUCAAAGUCCAUCUCCUACAGAUGGGCCAUGGUCCUCGGCACAUGCUUCGAGAUGUUGGGUGCCUUGACAGUCGGCGCCCGUACCGCCGACACGAUCAAAAAUAAGAUCAUCCCGCUCGAUGCCUUUCAAGGAAAUGCUGGUGUGCAGAUGUUGGCUUUCACUUGUGCUCUCGCCGCGGCCUCGUCAUGGGUGAUGUGGUGUACCCGACACUCUGCCCACGUCUCCUCCACCUACUCACUGAUCUCGGCCGUUGCUGGUGUCGGUGUUGCAACUGUCGGUGCCUCGAAGGUACAAUGGGGCUGGAACGGCGGACAAGGUCUUGGGGCUAUCUUCGCUGGUCUGGGUAUGGCUCCGGCCAUUGCUGCUGGGUUCGGCGCCACUAUCUUCAUGCUUAUCAAGGUCGUGGUCCACAUGCGCAAGAACCCUGUGCCAUGGUCCAUCUUCACUGCUCCUUUUUUCUUCUUGAUCGCCGGCACAAUCUGCACGCUCUCGAUCGUCUACAAGGGCAGUCCGAACUUGGGCCUCAACAAGAAGCCACCAGGAUAUAUUGCUGCCGUGACUAUGGGAGUGGGAGGCGGUCUUUGCGUCCUCGCUGCCUUGUUCUUCGUGCCAUACAUUAAUGCACGAGUGGCCAAGCGCGACGCCUCCAUCAAGUGGUACCACGUCUUUAUGGGCCCAGUUCUCUGGAAGCGACCCGCUCCGACCAACGCCGGUGAGGUGUCGACCGUCCCCGAUUACACCCACGGCCACGAUGUGGACGACACUCGUUCCGCAGAGACCCUUGCUUCCGACAGCGAUGAUGGCGAGAAGGGCUUUGGCGAGAAGGGCAUGAUGGCCACCCAGCCACGCACUGUGGUACACGGUCAGCAGAAGACUACCAAGCAACUUCAAGCUGAGGCUCAAGAUCGCUUCCACGCCAAGCUCCGUGAAAAGCGCGGCCCUCUUGGCUGGGCUAUGCGUACGUUGCAUAACACUCCUUUCGGUCCCGGCGAAAUCUACGAGACCCACAACAUGGCCAUCGCUCUUAAGCGUCUCCCAGCUUACGUCUGUGUCGGUGCUCUCUACGGUGUCAACUACGACAUCCACGCCGCACAGGCUGGUGUUGCAGGCACUCCAGAAGGUGCCCGUAUGGCCCGUGUCUACGCUGCUGCCGAGAAAUACCCCAACGAGGUCGAGUACACCUACUCAUUCGUCCAGGUUGUUACCGCUUGCACGGCUUCAUUCGCUCACGUCGCAAACGAUAUCGGUAACGCUGCCGGGCCCUGGGCUGCCAUCUACGGUGCCUGGAUGACUAGUGAUGCUGCUCAGGCCAAGGCACCUGUACCAGUCUGGCAAUUGGCUGUCCUCGUAAUCACUCUGUCCAUCGGUCUCAUCACUUACGGCUUCAACAUCAUGAAGGUCAUGGGCAACAAGAUUACAUAUCACUCGCCAAGCAGAGGUUGCUCCAUGGAGCUGGGCGCCGCGAUCACCGUCCUGCUCUUCUCGCAGUUCAAGCUUCCAGUCUCGACAUCCAUGUGCAUCACUGGUGCGACUGUUGGUGUCGGUCUCUGCAACGGUACCCUCAAGGCUGUCAACUUCCAGCGUGUGGGCUUGCUCGUCUUCUCUUGGAUCAUGACUAUUCCGAUUGCUGGUACUCUUGCUGGUCUGCUCAUGGGCAUUGUGCUGAACGCUCCUCACUUCGGCUAA